AUGGCUUUCCUGAGAACUACAUUUCUCAUUUUUGCUCUUACAAUGUUGUUCUCUCUGUCGUGUUUGGAUGCUAGGGAACUCUUGAGCAGCGAACCUAAUCAUCGUAUUUUAAGAUCUGGUCCAAGCACUCGUGGAUCUGGCCAUAACUUCCCAAUGCCACCACCACCACCAAUAGAGGUAAAUCAUCGUGUUUUGAGAUCCGGUCCAAGCAAUCGUGGAGUACAUGAUAUCACGCCGCCACCAGUGCCACCAACAGAGCUUGAUCAUCGUGUUUUGAGAUCCGAUCCAAGCAAUUGUGGAGUACAUGACAUCACGCCGCCACCACUGCUGCCAACAGAGCUUGAUCAUCGUGUUUUGAGAUCCGGUCGAAGCAAUCGUGGAGUACAUGACAUCACGCUGCCACCGUCGCCACCAAGAGAGCUUGAUCAUCGUGUUUUGAGAUCCGGUCCAAGCAAUUAUGGAGUACAUGACAUCACGCCACCGCCGCCGCCACCACCAAUAAAGCUUGAUCAUGGUGUUUUGAGAUCCGGUCCAAGCAAUCGUGGAGUACAUGACAUCACGCCGCCACUGCCACCACCAACAGAGCUUGUUCAUCGUGUUUUGAGAUCCGGUCCAAGCAAUCGUGGAGUACAUGACAUCACGCCGCCACCACCGCCAAUGGUAUAG